UUCGACUCCGCCCCUUGCUGUCUGAUUGAAGUUUUUUAGUCUCGCUUCGUCCGUCGCUCUCGCGCAAAUCCACUUUCUCGUUCGUAGUGUGCGUACAGAUUUUGAGCGAAAGAGCAGCCUUUUUUUUCCCCCCUCAGAGAUGCUCGUGAUGGGUGCUGCUGUCCCGGUUCGGAUUAUUUUGGCGCUGAUUUGCGGAGUUGCCCUGGGGAGGAAACAGGACUCGUCCUCGGCUCUUAGCGGCAUUUUUCGCGCAAGGUGCGCCGCCAGGUGCCUCAGCCUUCACAGCGCGCGCAUCGCUCACGCGCCGACCCACUUUCAGAGUAAUGGAUCCCUGGGCUGGUGUCAAGGCCAUAAGCAAUGUGCAAAGUGCCUGGAGCCGUGCAAAGAAUCUUGGGAACAGAGGGACGGAUCCUGUCGAGAGCCAUGCGAGCGCGUGUUUGCCAAGCGUCAUGGUGAGUGUGUGACGAGCUGUGAGUUCCUACGCUCUGUAAUGGUGCUGAAACAGGGCGAAUGUCCGGCUCCAGAACGAGCCAGCGGAUUCGCAGCCGCCUGUGUGGAGAGCUGUGAGGAGGACAAUGAGUGCCCGGGACACAAGAAGUGCUGCGCCAAUGGCUGUGGGCACACAUGCCAACCGCCCAGAAACCUCUACAGAGGUGCUCCACUGAAGCCCAGGAAGGAGCUAGUGUUUGAGGAGAUGCCAUCUGGCGUGUUAGAGGUGCGCUGGUCCUCCAAGUUCAAUGUCUCGGCUGAGCCAGUGCUGAAUGUGCUGCAGAGGCGCUGGAACUAUGGCAUCCACCCUAGCGAGGAUGGCGCAACUGAGUGGGAAGUGGUAGCACAGACCUCAGAGGAGCGUGUGUGGCUGGCUGAUAUUCGUCCAGGUCGCUGGUACCAGUUCAGAGUAGCAGCAGUCAACGUACAUGGAACAAGAGGAUACACCACCCCCAGCAGACACUUCAGAUCCUCCAAAGAUCCACCCCCACCCCCAGCGCCUUCUGACCUACAGGUCAGUCACAUGACCUUUGGAUCGGACAGGUCGGUAUCGGUGCAUGUGAGCUGGGUGUCUCCAGCAGACCCAGAUGUCCCAGUGCACCACUACAAGCUAUCCUGGAACUUGAUGGUCAGUGAAGGAGGGUACACAAUGCCAUCCAAACUCAAGAGGAGAAUGACCAUCAGUGGGGAUUCUGAAUCAGUUGAGCUGGAUGGGUUGAGGGAGGACAGGACUUACACAGUGGAGCUCCAGUCCGUGUCAUAUUGGGAACAGCUUCCUCUAAAGAGCUCCAAGGCUAUCCUGCGUUUCUCAACACAGCAAGCAAAAACCGAACCCACAGCCAGCCCUGUGCUUCAGAAAGGUCAGUCAGACAUUCUGGAUGUGGGUACACCGUUCUACCAGGACGGACAACUCCAGGUUCGAGUCUACUGGAAGAAACGAGACCCGAAUGUGAGCCGUUACCGUGUGCAGUGGUUCCCAGAGUUUUGUUCUCAUAAUGGAACCAGACUCCAAGAGAAGCUCAUUACACAGGAGAAUUACGCCAGCUUACCUGGUCUGCAGUUUUCCUGCAAGUAUAAAGUGAUCAUCCAGGCUGUUGGGUCCAAGAGCCGAGCACAGGCAGAGAGCACCACCUUCUCCACCCCACCAUGUGCAGCCAUUCAAGGGAAGAGCUCUAAACCCAUUACCUGCCCUGGAGAUCCUGUUGCGCCUGCAAAAGUCCAGGCGAGGACAGAGAACCUCACUGCAGUCUUUUCGGUGCAUGACAGCAAUGUGACAGCUUUGUUCUCAUGGGUGGUAGCUGUAACCCAACCCCCUCAGCAGGUCACAGGUUACCAAGUCACCUGGGCGGACGUCACAGCUGAGAGACGCAGCACCAACCAGGCCAACAGCCUCAUCUCUCAGUCCCAGAUCCUCCCUCCUGAAAGAAAAGAACUAGUUGUCUCUGGCUUGCAGCUGGCAUCUCUCUACAGGCUGGAGGUGGGAGUGAUCACCGCUGGAGGUCAGGGCCCGACAACAUUCAGAACUUUCCAGACUCCAGGCCAUGCCAGGCCUGUCCUACACUACAAACCCAAGGUGAAAAAGCACCAUUUGAGGUCAGUCAUAGAACAGCACUGAAGCUCACACUGGAACAUACCAUCUUAAACUCCCCCAAACCCAGCUCCUCAGGAACACACAGAACAGAAAGAACCAAAGAACAUUGAACAGAUCAUUCACUGAGAGGAUCAGAACCCUGAGAAAACAUCUGGCUCUGGGAGAGUUAGGAGAAGGAAAUUAUGAAAGCGAUUACUUGAUCCCAGACGUUCUCGACGAAGGAUUUCCAUCCACCAGAGAGCCAGAAGAAAAGGAAAGGAUAGUGGUAAAAACAAAACACAGCAACUGAAAAAAAAUUGUAAAGUAAUGAUCAUAAAUGGAUAUGCAACUAUAACCUGAGUGAGUUUUGCAUUGUUUUUUUUUUUUUUUUGAAAAAUUAUCCCUUGAUAUUCCCUUUCUUUCAAUGGCACUUAACCGACAAAGCAGACUGACUGUUAACCUUCACCUCAGCAUAACCUGUGUUUAAAAAAAGUGUCUGCAAGUCCAGUGUUGCAUGUAGUGAGAAGUUUUGCUUUGACCCAUAAAUGAAGUGGACUCGUGAAGUGGUGUGCGACUGCAUGUAUAGUUCCCCCAUCAUAACUUCCUGAUUUGUGGGCAUGCACCUUUACUAUGUGUCAAAUUACAGUUAUACAAAUUGCGAUUCAUAUUCGCUGUGCUGAUUUUCAAUUCUGUGUGAGUUCCUUGUAAGUGCAAUAGGGUUGUUACGGUUUCACAGUUAGUCACAAUGUAUAUUUUUCCACAUACUGAUUAAAAUUUAAUACUUUUUUGGCUCAGUGCGCCACUUUUCCUUGCAGCCAUUCUCUUUCAUCUUAUAAUGACAAUGUGAUAAAUACAGAUAUUUGAGACAUUUAUACAAAUAUUCCCUUUCAUUUUCAUCCCUGGCUUGUGUUUUGUUAAAAUGGUUGAUUAUCACCAUGAUAACUGUGAUAUUUUUUUGCCUCGGUUAUCAUAUCAUGCAAAUUCCAAACCGUAACACCCCUAAAGCACACAAAAGAGUGUGUUGUUUUCCGUGUGCUUCUCAUGCUGUGGGAUUUUAUCUGUUGUGUAAUUCUUGUAUAUAGUACGUCCUUAUUUAUUUGUAUUUGUAUUUGCUACAACUGUGUAAUAUUUGGUGCGUGUGUGUCUCUGUGUGUGUGAGAGAGAAAGAGAGAGAAUGUAUUGUGUAUUCUUCCCAUCAUAAACAUCCUCGCAAGGAGUUUUGUAUAAAAUAGAUUUGUAAAUUCCCAUGGAUUUAAAAGUGUACUGUACAUAUUUUUUAUUAUUAAAAAAAAUUCCCCACACCCUA